UUUAGUUUGUACCUUUUCGUGUACUUGUUCGACUUUUUAACACUUUUGAUUAUGCUUGUCUCAACUAAUUGUGAACACGAUGUUGCACAAAAAAUGUAACUUGGAUGAUAUGUAUAGGAAAUUUCUAAUAGGAAAUUUAUAGUCCAUAACCUUUUUUUUAAAGAUUGACCGAAAAGUGGUAGUCGACCAAACAAGCAAAAUCAUUUUUUCAAUUUUUUUAUUUUCAAAUUUAGCUUGCCUACAAUCAAUUUUUUGGGUCAAUUAUUGCUCUAGACGAACAAUUGGUGUGUGCCCGUCGUGAAUAUAAUGGGCAAUUCCAUAUGGCUAAUAUGCUUACUAGAGUUGUCGAUUUAGAUGUUUUCCCUGUUGAAUUUGCAGUUGGGGAAGAGAUGAUUUGGCGUUGCUUUCUUUCCUCACAGGAUUUGCAACGGGCGCUGGAGAUGAAAAAGUUCCUUAUGGCCUUGAAUCAGAGAAGUACUGAAAGUAGAAAAUCGGACUUUGCAGCACCUGUUAUUGACAUGAAUAUCUUGCAAAUGUUUGUUGAAUUGAACGUUUUGAUUGCUGCAGAUCGGAAACGUCCUCCUUUGAAUAAUGAUUUUGCUUCAUUUUCCUAUGCUUAUUUGUUGCUAGAACGUCUUCGAGUAUUUUUUAUUUUUUUAAAUUACAAAAAAUUCUUUUCUAAAGCUUUUACUUCGUCCGCUUAA